UACAUGCACGCGCCAUAUCACGGAGCAGCCCAUCAGUCCGCGCUGCGAAACAAGGGAGAGAGAAAGAGAAAGAUAGCUAUAUACAUGCGAGAAAGAACUACACAGUCGCAAGCGAGAAAAUUCCCGGAGAGCGCGGCUUUAAGGCUCCGCGCCCACCGUCGGUGCGAUCGACACUCCGUUUACACGUGUGUGAUUGUCCUAAUGAAUUUGAUUGCUUUCGUUAACGGUGACACGCGAAGAUUUACGAACAACAGUGUUUUACAGUUUGCGAUCGCCGGCGAGCCUUGUGUUUCGAUAGUAUCAUGUGACUAAGAAUAAAAAAGUGUAUGAUUCAUACUGAAACGUAUUACAAAGUAUCAUUUAGCCAACUAAUUUGUACAAGAGAUAAAAUCGUACGUUGCAAAUAGCCGAGGCGAGUGUUGGAAACGUUAUGACGAAGUGACCGUGGGACCAAAAAACUAAUAGCAUCGCUCUUUCAAAAAACAACCAAUAUAUAGUUUCUGAAUUCCCGGAAAGCAAAUCAAUUGGAGAGCGUGCACAACAUCGCGCGCGCGCGCGCGCACUCUCUCUCUCUCUCCCUCUCUCUCUUUCUCCUGUAAAAAAACACAGACGUACAUACGCUCGUUUGGUGUACGCACAGUGGCGCUCCCCAGCGGUUGCGCAGUAGCGGCGCUCUCUCUCUCUCACUGGAGUAGCGAACUGCUCGACAGACUCAUACACACAUAGAACAGGCAGACAGUGGUGGUGUCGCGAAGCGAGAGAGCGAGCGCGUAUAGAGUUGAGCGACGGCCAUCUUUAUCAAGUGGGUAACCUUUGUUGAUUCGCGCUUGCCUCAGAGCGCUGAAAUGUGACGCCUUGUGGUGUGUAGUGUCGCGCUAGAAAAUGCCGUUUUACAAUAAUUAACGGCAAGCAGUGUUAAUUUAGUGCCAUUAGAAGUGAAUCGCGAGUGAUAAAUAGCUUGGGAUUGCUGGAUUUUGCCAAACUGAAGGCGGAAAAAGGUAGAAGAGUCGUAUGUAAAUACGAGGCGCCAUUGUCUCCCCGCGAAAGUCGAGGGAGGCGAGGAGCCAGCGCCGGUGUCAUGGUUGCGAUGUGAGGAGACAGCCAAGGGAGAGAACGAACGGCGAAGAGAAGCGGGACGAUCGCGGGAUCCUCCCGAGCCGAUUGCACAGAUCCCAGAAGAGGGUAGGCCAGAGGAAAACGAGGCAGCAUGGAGGAGCCGGACGCGGACACGUGGACCGCGUGGUUCCUCGACGCGAUACGCAAGAUACGCAGCCAAAAGCAGCGGCCGAGCGUUGAGCGCAUCGCCCACGCGAUACGCUUGCAGCAUGACUUCCACGAGGAGGUCAUCGCCGAGAACCUGCAGCUGGCCGUCAAACGGGGCGACAUCCUCAAGCUCUUUAACAAGGGACAGUCGUCCUACAAGGAUCCCGGCGGACUGCAGUCGAAGCCGCUCAAAGUGAACCGCACGGUGGACCUUGUCAAGGUGAUAAUUAAGGCGGUACGAGAGCUGGGCGAGCGCGACGGCUCCAAUCUCAAGAGCAUCGAGAAGUACGUGAGGCAGAGCCACACCGUCGAGGAGGAGCAGGAGGGCGACCUCAGAAUCGCCCUCAAGUUGUCGGCCAAGAGAGCCGUAGAUCGCGGUCUCGUCGUCCAAGACGGACGGCUGUUCAGGCAAGCGGACAAGCUGCAUCACAGUCAUCUGCCCAAGAAGCUGCUCAACAAUCACGAGCCGCACAACGACAGCAACGUGCCCAAGCUACCAGCGCCGCUGCCGAUUUGCAAAGAAUGCUUGGGCACAACGGCAGCGGGCAGCAACAACAACAAGCAGCAGCGCGGUAUCGCGACGACACCGGGGGCAGUGGCGACCGCAGGUGGUGGCGAGAAGCUGAGCCGCUGCAGCGUGUGCGGCGCGGCGCUGCACACCUCGUGCGCACCGGCUGAGCUGACAGUGCUGGUGGAGCGCGGCGCGAGCUGGUCGUGCGACGAUUGCGCGCCCACGUGUUCGGGCUGUCAGCAGGACAGAGAGUCGCAGAGCUACCUGGUCAAGUGCGCUGGCUGUCCGAAUUGUUAUCAUCCGACUGCCUAGAUCCGGCUCUCGACAAGAGGAGUAAAGCACCCUGGAGGUGUCGGCAUUGUCAAGGCACGCACGAGACAACGGCGACGAACUCCGCGGCUGCCUGCAGUCCCGACACGCCGAGGAAGAGGCCGGGCAAUAAUCGCGACAACAAAAAGUCAAACCUAUCCCGUAAGAGUACGUCGCUAGCCUCGACACCAACGACGUCAUCAGCAACGCCGGCAGUUGCAGCGGCGACAACGACGGCGACGUCGAAUAGUAGUACACCAGCGAGUAGUACGAAGAAGUCACUGUCAGCGAGCGUUGCAGCGGACAGUAGCAGCUCGGACGGUAAUGCGGGUGUUGUCUCCCCUCGUCAAUUCCCUCAAUCCAAUCUCCCAAUCCCAUCCUGUCCGUCGGCAGCAGCUGCCGUAACCUCAUCCUUAACUUCUUCUAUUUCUUCUUCUUGUUCUUCUCAAAGAAGCUCAAAUCCCACUUUAGUCCCCCCGCAGCAGCAGCAGCAACAGUCGACUCUCGGUCAGGGUGUUUCUUCUUCGACGCUCGAAGAGAAAAACGAUCGAAAUCUCCAAAGAAAAGCAGAAAUUCUUCAGGCUCAGUGCCUUCAAUAAACGAGCCAAAGCUCAGCAGCAGCAGCAGCAGCAGCAAAAGGCCAAAGCUCCACCAGCGCGGGUGCCACCUUUACCUACCGAAGAGUCGAGUGACGAAGAGGAGAAGGAAGAGGACGAGGUAGAGGAAGAAGAAGAGGAAGAAACGACAAGUGACGACAGCGAAGAGGAAUACUAUUCGAGCGAGGAACAGCCGCCGGCGGCAAAUAAAUCUUCCUCAGAUAAGAUGAGCAAGAAGGCACCUUUUAUCUGCGACACCAAGGACGAUAAACCUUGGGGUUUCGCUGCUGCGGCGGCCAAACUGAGCGUCGAUAGCAGUCCUUUCUUCAGUAACAUCACGAAUACCUUUGGGGCGACUUUGCCGAAGCUCGAUGUGCCUAUCGGUGAAAAAUCGACCUUCGGCUUGUGUCUCGAUCCCAAAAGUAAAAAUGAUCACAAACACAUGCAAGAAAGUAAAAAGUCUACUAACAGAGAACCUCAAUCGAGGCCAAAACCUCCUGGUAGUGGCCAAUUGAGAGGCCUUUUCGACGGACUAAGUCAUUUCUUUGCGGCGUCGGGUAAGAGUACCAGUAGGGCGAAACCUGGCGCACCACCACCAAAUUACGCACCUGACCGAAGAAAAAGACAGUUGCAGAUUCAGCAACAAGAAAAUACCUCAACAAAAAGGAUCACAACGCCUACGGCGACACUAACUCCGAAACUCGCAGCACCGAAGAUGCCUAGUACGACGACAAGGACAACAGUAGCGCCAACGACAGCAGUGACCACCGAAGGUCCGACGAGAGGGAAAAAAGAAGUGGCUAAAGUAACGAGAAUUCCGAGGCCAGGAAUCUUUACACCCUCUGAAGAAGGCGCCAAUUGUUUGUUCGAGCUGACGGGUGAGAAGCCAUCGAAGAUGACACCCUCGGGUCUGGUAAAAACGGCGGUGAACAGUAAACGACAUGAGCAAGAGAGGCGGAAGUUACGGGGCAUAGACGGCGCCUCAUUAGUCAAAUGCGCAAGUCAAGAGGACAUAUCGAAAAAGAAGAAGGAACAGCAGCAACAACACCCUGAGCCGAGUAGCGGCAAAACUUCUGAUUCUACUUCUUCUUCUUCUUCUUCUUCAGCUGAUCCUCAUCCUACUCCCAAACAAACUCUCAACCAGCCUAUCAAAUCCGCUCCACGAACUAGCGCCACCACCACCAACACCACCACGACACCCCGCGCGAC